UUCUGCUGUAGCUCAAUCCCCUUUGCAAGGAAGGCAACCAGCCUGGUGCUGACGAUGGAGUGCCAGCCACUGCUGAAAGGCACUGGACACCCCCCCAGAAAGCUCCCCACUUGGACUCUCUUUCUAGCCAUGUGUGCCGCUGGCAUUGGAGGGACCUUUCAAUAUGGGUACAACGUUUCCAUUAUCAAUGCACCCACUGAGCACAUCCACAAGUUCCUGAACGAAAGCUGGCAACAGCGCUACCGUGCCGCCCUCAGCCCCAGCAUGCUGACCCUGCUCUGGUCCACUGUGGCGUCCAUAUUUUCUCUCGGAGGUCUCUUUGGGGCACACCUGGGAGGCAGCCUUGCCAUCCGGCUUGGGAGGAAAGGAGGUCUUUUGAUUAACAACUUCAUAGCUGUCCUUGCUGCUCUCCUGAUGGGCAUUAGCUUACCAACAGGGCUCUUUGAAUUACUAAUUGUUGGGAGAUUUUUGAUUGGCAUGAACACAGGCAUUGGUCUCUGCCUUCAGCCUCUUUAUAUAGGAGAAGCUGCCCCAAAGCAUCUUAGAGGGGCUAUGACCAUGGGCAGCUCCAUAUUUCUGACGGGGGGCAUUCUGACAGGACAAGUCAUUGGUUUAAGGGAGCUACUUGGUGGAGAAAAGUCCUGGCCGUUCCUGGUCUCCAGCUGCUGCUUCCCAGCCUUCUUCCAACUCUUGACCCUUCCCUGGUUUCCAGAAAGCCCCCGGUAUCUCUUCAUUGACAGAGGAGAUGAGGCAAAAUGUAUCAAAGCUCUGAAGCGCUUUCAUGGCCCUCUGCAGUACCAGGUGGAAAUGGAGGACAUUCAGAGGGAGCGCAUCGCUCUGCAGGGGGAGAAGCCCAAGAAGCCCUGGGAGCUCUUCACUGACCGCAGCGUCAGGUGGCAGCUCAUCACCGUCAUUCUCUUGCCAAUGGGCCAGCAGCUCAGCGGAAUCAACGCGAUUUACUUCUAUGCAAGUUAUGUUUUCACGGAAGCUGGAAUCCCCCCAUCAGAGAUCCCCUAUGUGACCCUGGGGACUGGGGCUUGCGAGUGUCUUACUGCCCUCACCUGCGGUUUGCUGAUUGAAUCCAUGGGGAGGAGGCGUCUUAUCCUGGGUGGCUACUCCUUAAUGACUGCCUGGUGCAUUGUGCUGACCUGUUCCCUGACAUACCAGGUGUACACCUGGGCACCGUACUUGAGCAUGGCUUCGAUAUUUGCUUUCAUCCUGAGCUUUGGGCUUGGACCAGGUGGAGUGACAAACAUUUUGACUGCGGAGUUGUUCACUCAGUCUUCACGGCCUGCUGCUUACAUGAUAGCAGGAUCCUUGAGCUGGCUCAGCUUCUUCACCAUCGGGAUGCUCUUCCCCUUCAUAGUGAAAGGUCUCAGACAGUAUUGCUUUGUUGUGUUUGUGCUGGAAUGCUGCUUGGUAGCCAUUUUCAUCUUCUUUGUUAUUCCGGAGACAAAAAAUAAAACCUUUCUGGAGAUUAAAAGAGAAUUUCACAAGCUCAACUUUGGCAGAAGAAUCCAAGAACACGAGGGAGAACUGUGCGAGGGACAGCACCUUGGCCGUGAGUUCUAGGGGGGGGGGGCGCGCGGAUACAGCUGCAGGCACACUGCCUUGGCCAACUAGACAGAGAGCAGCGCGCCCAACGACUCUGCUGCCCCUCAUAGCGAUGCCUUUCUGGGUUGCAGGCCAUGCAGUUUUAUAUACCUUGUUUUCUUCAGCACUUGGUGCAGCCUGC